UGAACUAGGAGACAAGAAAAUAAGCCUGUGCGGUGCUGUGAUUUCCACACCAUGCAGAGAGCACAGGGCCUCCAGUGGGAAGUACAGCUCCCCAGACAUGUGGGUUUAAUAUCUGUAGGGUAUGCAGUGAUCACUGCUGUGCAGCAGGCAUUCAUCUCUCCUUUUCUUGCAUACAGUCAGAGCUUGACAGGUAAGAGGAGUGGUUCUGCACAGUGUACAGUGUCCAGGGAGGCGUGCAGCAAAGUUGCCUGCAAACAUCUUGCUCGGAAGUGGUGCAGAUCAGCACACGCUCAUAUCUCUGUGGGUUUUAUUUGCAGAUCCCCUGCAGGCAAAGUUUGCUUAACUAGUUGAACUGGCUCUUUCUGUCUUGUUUUUUUGGCAAACUAAGAAUUUCCUUCCUGAUAAAAACGGACGGCGGGCGCCCCGAUUGGGUGCCGUGUUGGAGAGGAUGUGACAUCAGGCACAUCUCUCGCUUUGCCGGAUCGCUGGCUGCCUACCAGGGCAGCCAGGGAGCUGCUUCGUUAAAUCCCAACCCAGGUACUCGAGUUUCUGCACAAAGUGCUGCCGGCACCACGUACUGGUCUGUUUCAAGAUCUGUUUGUCUCGUGCAUGCAGAGUCUGCUUAAUAGAUCACUCCCACCACUGGCAGCUUGCCGGGGACGAUGGAAUUUGAACUCUUGAGACCGACCACGAAGUGAAAAAACAGAAAUUGGACACACGGGGCUGAGAUGGAUGAUGAGGUAGCAAAUCAAAAAGGCAGCAAACUGCAAGGAGCCAGAGGCCAGGCAUCUGCAAUGUCUCUAUCAAACCCACUGAUGAGGGACUUUGUUUCAGACUGGUCUCCUUUACACGAUGCUUCUACCCAUGGACGCCUGUUUACUCUGACGAAACUCAUCAAACAGGGAAGUGAUGUGAAUCUUGUUACAGCAGCUCAGGUGUCUCCACUGCAUGAAGCCUGCCUAGGGGGUCAUGCUGCUUGUGCCAGUGUCCUAUUAAAACAUGGUGCUCAGGUGAAUGGAGUUACUGUGGACUGGCACACUCCAUUGUUCAGCGCUUGUGUCAGCGGCAGUGUGGCUUGCUUGAAUUUGUUGCUGCAGCACGGAGCCAGCCUAAACCCACCCUGUGACUUGGCGUCACCUAUCCAUGAAGCUGCUAAGAGAGGUCACGUGCAAUGUGUUGAACUCCUCGCAUCCCAUGGGGUAAAUAUAGACCAUAACAUCAAACACCUGGGUACUCCACUUUAUGUAGCUUGUGAGAAUCAGCAAGUGAACUGUGCCAAGAAGCUGCUUGAGUCAGGAGCAAAUGUGAACAGUGGCAAGGGCCUGGACUCCCCUCUGCAUGCGGCUGCCAGGAAUUGCAGUGUGGAGCUGGUGACACUGCUGAUUGACUUUGGAGCAGACAUUUGGGUGAAGAAUGAUGAAAGCAAGAGGCCGAUGGAGCUGGUACCACCCAGCAGUCCUGUGGGGCGACUGUUCCUGCAGAAAGAAGGGCCGCUGUCCUUGAUGCAAUUGUGCCGCCUGUGCAUCAGGAGGUGCUUUGGACACAAGCAACAUCAAAAAAUAACCGGACUUCUCCUCCCAGAAGAGCUGAAACAUUUCCUUCUCCACGUAUAAGCCUUACAUGUUUGAAUUGGUGCCUUUAAUAACACAGCAAGAAACAUGUCCUGCUGCCACAAACCAAAGUGCAGUUAUGACCACUCUGUGCUCUCCUGGGUGUUCCCACGGGGGAUAUCAUCUGCCCAAUACACACAGAAGCAAGGAUGCUGAAGCUUUGACUCUCCUACCCACCUCCCUGUCCCCUCUCCACCUCUGAACCAUGGUGCAUCUGCAUCACCUGGGGACAGCAGCACACCCACCACUUCCCCUGAGGGGGUACUGCCAUGUCACUCCUGUGUUAGAGGGGCAGAACAUGCACUUUGAUGAUUUUGGAGAUCUUUUUCUUUUUCACUUUGCAUUAAAGACUGCUGCAAGAGUGGGCUUGGUGUGUGAAAACUGUGAUGACGUUGUUAAUGCCAGCAAUGAGAUGAUAUGGAUUCCUCAUUUCCUAAGUGAAUAGCAGCCUUCAAACACACAAAGCUAUUUUGAUAUUUAUUAGUGUGCUGCUGUAUGCUGUGCAGGCCUUCCUUUUGCAUAUGAGAAGUUAAAGAGGAUGGAUCAAAAGCUACCUGGGUGUUCAUAUUUGAUAUAAAUUGCAAUUCAAAUCCUCAGAUGGACAUGUCUGCUGGCUAUAGACAUCCAGUAUGAUGGUUUGAUUUUUCUUUUGUGCUGACCAAACACAUCAAGAGUGGUUCUGUUGGUAUUGUGGGACACUAAAUUGUACCCUAACAGGAGAAAAUUACAAACACAGUUAGGUUCAUAACUCCCAUUGUGACAGAGAAACCUAGAAAUCCUCACUUACCUGACCAUAUAUCACACGUAAUUUGAGCCAUGUAAAAAUUCACUGUAUGGUUUAAAAUAGCCUUCUACAUUUCUUCCUUCCUCCUGGGGAAGAAAAAUAGACAUCUGUCUUCAUGAGUUGAAUAAAAGCAAGGCAUUUUGGGUGGAAAAGGUGGAUCCUUCUUAAAUCGGUAUCUUGGAUAAGCUGGAUCUACAU